AUGGCCUCAACCACUUUGAAAUCCUUCGGGGGAAAGGUGAUUGCUAUCACGGGAGCUGCUAGCGGCAUCGGACGCGCAGUCGCGACUUACCUCGCCACUCGUGGAGCAACUCUUGCAAUCUCCGACGUCCAGAAAGACGCCUUGUUAAGUUUGGCUACAGAGCUGUCCGCUUCUGGAGUACGUAUUGAGGCCACCGUUGUAGACGUCAGCGAUCCCGACCAAGUCAAAGCCUGGAUUGAAGAGACAGUCAAACUAUUUGGAAAGCUUGAUGGCGCGGCCAACAUUGCUGGGACAGGCGGAUCUACCGUGGAUUGCCUCGAAGCGCAGACCGACAAGGACUGGAAUCUAGUGCUCGGCAUCAACCUAUCUGGGACGAUGUACUCCAUGCGGGAACAGCUGAAGCACCUGACUGACGGGGGUUCCAUCGUCAAUGCCUCGAGCGUUCUUGGGCUGAGAAGCGCGCCUGAUGCUGGUGGCUCAGCCUACGUCGCCAGCAAACAUGCGGUGUUGGGGAUGACCAGGCAAGCAGCGAGGGAAUACGGUCAUCGCAAAAUACGAGUCAACUGCGUCAAUCCCGGCGCUAUCGAUACUCCAAUGAUGGCACAUGCAAAAGCAGAAGACUCGGGCGUCUACAGUCCUCCUAUCCCAAGGUGGGGUCAGCCUGAGGAUGUGGCUGCCUUGGUGGGAUUUCUGCUCGGAGACGAGUCGACGUACAUCUCUGGAACAUCGAUUGUGAUUGACGGUGGACUUACGUGUUAA